AUGGCUCAAUCUUGUCUUAAAAUCAACAAUCUGAGGAAUAGAGUGAAUCGUCGGAUUUUGAUUCUUCGUCGAUUUACGCGGUUGUUAUGGAGUAGAAUCGUCGCUUGUACUCCCGGAAAAUCACGGAGAUAUCUCUUGCUUUCUCGCGCCGCUCCGUCUCCGAGCGUCUCUCGUCCUCAGGUUCAUCCUCCGACUCCGACGACGACUAUUCCCGCCGUGGAAGUCUGUGGUGGUGAGUUCGUACGCCGCGCACCACCGGUGUACGAUCACGAUAACAGCCACCGGAGAUCGGAUUCCGAUCUGGUUUCUCUUAAGAUCAGCCUAUUAGGAGAUCCAGAAAUCGGAAAAACUAGCUUCCUGGCGAAAUAUGUUGGAGAAGAGAAAGAAGUAGAAAUGAUAGAAUUGGAGAAAGGAAUCAUUUGUACGGACAAGACAUUAUCAAUGGGAGGUGCUCGCAUUUCAUACAGUAUCUGGGAAUUAGAAGGAGAUGAGAAAUCAAGGGAUCAAAUCCCCAUGGCUUGCAAAGACUCUGUAGCUAUUCUUUUCAUGUUUGAUCUAACCAGUCGUUGCACACUUAACAGUGUGAUUAGCUGGUAUCAACAAGCUAGGAAAUCUAAUCAGACGGCGAUUCCAGUUUUGGUAGGAACCAAGUUCGAUGAGUUUAUUCAGCUUCCUAUUGAUCUUCAAUGGACAAUUGCUAGUCAGGCGAGAACGUACGCAAAGGCGCUGAACGCGACGCUCUUCUUCUCGAGUGCUUCGUACAAUAUAAACGUAAAUAAGAUCUUCAAGUUUGUGACGGCUAAGCUCUUCGAUUUACCAUGGACGGUGGAGCGAAAUCUCACCAUCGGAGAACCAAUCAUCGAUUUCUAG